CGACCCACCGACCGACCCAACGACCGACCGACGACCACCAGCACCACAUACGCACAAACAAUUUGCCUUCAAAGGCGUUCAGAGGCCAGGAAAGGGAAAAAGAGAAGCCAAAAGGGAAGGGAAGCGAGGGAGGAUCAAAAGGAGGAGGAGGAGGAGGUAGAUGAAGAAGAGGAGGCGGGGUUAAAAUUCCAUUGAAGAUGUGGGGAGGAGAAGAGUUCCAAAAUGUCCAAAGAGACCAAACGGAACAGAACCAUAUUCACAGCUCCUCAAAUCGAUGUCUUGGAAUCAUACUUUGCCAAACAGCAAUACAUCGUGGGUCCUGAACGGCAGCAACUGGCUAGUCAGUUACAUCUUACAGAAUUACAAGUCAAAGUCUGGUUUCAAAACCGCCGCAUCAAAUGGAGGAAGGAAAAUCAAAAAACCGAGCAAAAUCGUCUCAGCGACGUGGGACUGUCCCAAGACCAGAAACCAGAGUUCCAAUUUGACGCUGGCAGUUGACCCGAUUGAGUCAAUCUCUCGCAC